UUUUUUUUUAACUUUUCGCUAAUUUUCGUUAUAUUAAAUGGAUUAGAGCGCGGUUGUCGAUUUCGGUGGAAAUUGUCCCACCCUUUACUGUUACUUUGGGGGUCAAGCGUCAAACCUUCUCCUGAACAACUGUAUAUUUAUCCUCCCCGGCAGCAGGAUCACCUCUUUGCUGGAAUAAAUCAUCAGUUUUAGCUAUGGACUGCCAUGAUUCGUCACUCAUCACACCAAACAGAAGAAUAAUCCGCCGUCAAGAACUAGACAGGGCGGAGAACGCAUGGAAGAAACUGGAAGGCGUCGGCGAAAAACAAGAGCAAACAGUAAGGCGUCUGGAAACAACGGCGAUGCUGUUGGUCGGAUCUUAUGUCUACCUGCAAAGCCUCAUAUUCCAAUCUGUUAGCCGCAUGCCGUGCGAGUUCUGGUGGGCGCCGUUCAGCCUCUCGUGUCUGAUUUGCGUCGUCUUCGCCAUCCCCUUCAAGAGUUUCGUAACGAAAUGGGAGCGCACGCAACGUUAUUACGAGAUCAAUUUUCUUAAGGAAGAUUUGGUUCACCUCCAGAUUGUGGUUUUCUCCCCAUCGGAUCACGAUGAGCAGCUGGAGCGGCAGCAGCAGCCGGCAGAGAUAUUGAGGAACGAUGCUGCGAAAAUGUAUCAGAGACGCGCUUUCAUCUGUUUGGUUUCUUUAGCUCUUGUUGCGUACACGAUUGUUGUCCUAACGGCGUGUAGAUCUAUUCCCUGUCAGAGAGUUGCUAUUUUGUAGACGUACGACCUUCUUGCGGGAUCGGAGGAAGCUUUUGCGGCGUGGCUGGAUCUUACGAUCUCUCUCGAAAUUUUCUGACGUCGUUUUCUAACGAUCCGUCAAGGUCGAUUACUUGGUUGUUCUGGAUUGUAUAUGUAAGGCAUUAUAACAAUCAAACAAUUUCAUAUUUUCUUCAUUUUGAAUUCUAACAGCUACAAAAUAUGAGGAAAUCACUUUCCGUAGAGAAAGUUGAUUAGUACCUACCCAGAGGCGACCGAACGGCAGCCACUCGGAUUGCGAGAGCUGCUUCGGAUCCAUUUAUAUUUGUAAAACGUGAGUAAAUAUUAAAAGGGAAUGUAAAGAUUGUGUAAAUAUUAGGAGUUCUUUAUUAGGAAGGAUAUAUGUUUGUGUUCUUUAUUGUUUCCUUAUGAAACAAGGAUUAUAUGUGUAUAUAUUUCAAUUAUGUAAACAAUGAAAUUUGUUUGUACCA